GUCAGCCCUGUUGGGUAAUAUUUCUCUCUGCCAGAUUUAGGAGCAGGCCUUCGAUAUUUUGAAUCACCUUUACAUGGAGCACAAAGAUGAUGAUGAUGAUGAUGUGUCUUUUGCCAAAUGGAUGAGCAGCUUCUGGGGUCACAGCUGGAUAGAGGAGGAUGAGAGAGGACUCCGGGACCGCCAUGGAUCACAAGACUCCAGUUACAGGAAAACCUCCCUGCCCUGUCCAUUUCCUGUGCUUCCCAGCAUGAUGUCAUCUGACAGCCAUCCUAGAAAGCAUUCUUAUGAGGACCAGGGAUUUCAAUGCCAUACUCACAUGCGGGAUUACAGAAAAUGCUCAGGGGAUGGGUCAUUCAAGGAGCCACUGGAAUCAAAAGUAAGAUCCCAUUCCAAAAUUCAGGCAUUUUCAGAGUCCUUUGAACAACAACUCUGCUUUAGAACCAAACGCUCUGUCUCUUCGGGACCUGAGAGCAGAAAGGAGAGAAAUGAGAGAGAAUGCCGGGCACUGGAAAUGAGGUCUUGCAAGAAAGUGGAGGAAAGAAGGAGCUCUAGGAAGGAAGAGCGUGGAGAAGCGUACCUGCCUGCCCUGUCUGAAAAGGGGCCCAAAUAGUACUCUGUUUCCACACCAUGACUACUGAUGCUGCUGUGUUUUUUGAGACCCAGUUCACCAGGCCCAGGAGUGGUAGCUGUAAAGAGUCUGCAGAUGCUGAGUGACUCAAGUGGGUGGUUGAUUCAGCUGCUCCCCGAGACAGCUUGCAUCAUACUCCAGCUGCUUUUCAGAGUGUGAUCUGCUCUGUUGCCCU